UGCAGGAUGAGGACGUACACUGGAGCAGUAUAAAACUAUGGGGUUGUGUUUUGUUUGGUUUUGAUUGCAAUCAUGUUUGUUUGCUUUAAGAUUCGUCGCCGAGCUUUCCUCUGCAUGUUCUUCCUUUAAAUAUAUAUAUAUAAAAAAAAAAAAUCACCGCCCACUUCUCAUUUAAUAAAAUAUUUUAUAUAUGAAGUUAAAACAACAAAAAGAGGUUGACAUUUUUUGGUGUUCAUGUUCUUAUAAUUCUAUCCAAUUCUGUUUGACAUUUUUUUGGAUUUAAGGAGGAACUGGAUAUUAUUCAGUUUAAAGAUAGAAUUGAAGUGUGUUAAGAUGGAGAGAUUAAGCUAUGGAGGGAAUGGGAACUAUGGUUACGAAAAUGGGGUGGUGAUGACCAGAGACCCCAAACCCAGGCUGAGAUGGACGGCUGAUCUUCACGACCGAUUCGUUGACGCCGUAACUAAACUCGGUGGCCCUAACAAAGCAACUCCAAAGUCUGUCCUAAGACUGAUGGGGUUGAAAGGCUUGACACUAUACCAUUUGAAGAGCCAUUUACAGAAAUACAGAUUAGGACAGCAAUCCAGGAAGCAAAAUACUGCAGACCAGAACAAAGAGAAUGGUCGGAGUUCGUAUGUACAAUUUAGCAAUCAUUCUUCAGGGACAGUCACCAAUUCACCAAGGGCUGACGAUGAUAAAAGACAAAUCCAAAUGACAGAGGUACUCAAGUCUCAGAUGGAAGUACAAAAGACCUUACAAGAGCAACUUGAGGUACAGAAGAAAUUGCAGAUGAGGAUAGAGGCUCAAGGGAAGUACUUGCAGGCAAUAUUAGAAAAAGCCCAAAAGAGCCUCUCAUUUGAUAUCCACAGCGAAGAGAACGUAGAAGAAAAAAGAGCACAACUAACAAAUUUCAACUUGCCUCUGUCCAGUCUCAUGGACAGUACAAAUGAAGCUGACAGGAAAUCAAACAUGGCACAAAUGAAUGACGUAAUUCCCACCAAGGCCAACUUUUCUGCUAGUUUCCAUGGUCAUGGAGUGGGAGAUAGAGAAGAAAACAAACAUGUUAAGCGUAAAGUUGAGGGAGAUUCCAUUAAUUUUGACCUAAACACCAAAGAUAGCAAUGAGUAUGGUGCUGUAAAUGGAAACCAGCUUCAAUCACACCUUGUUUUUUCAUAAGAGAUGAAAUUUCAAAAACCCAUUGUAGUUUAUGAAUUUUAUUUCAACAUUUCCUUGAAUUCAUUUUUAUCUAUUGUUGUUAUCUACAACUCAAACAGAGGCAAAAUAGGGGCAUCCAUUUGUUGAACAAAUAUAUUUUAAGUCGUUAAAUUCUCUUUUCGUUUCA